AUUUGAAAGCUGUUGCAAUAGCUUGGGACCGGUCAAUCAGUGGUGAAGGCCUGCAUUGGAUCGAUCAAUGUCUGGAGCGUCUGCUCCCUCCGCGUCCCCAUAGCCCAAUAUGACCUCCACCUCCACCGCGCCCAUGCUCACCAAGUUCGAGUCCAAAUCGUCGCGCGCCAAGGGUAUAGCAUUCCACCCCAAGCGACCAUGGAUCCUGGUCUCGCUGCAUUCUUCCACCAUCCAACUAUGGGACUACCGCAUGGGCACACUCAUAGAUCGCUUCGAGGAGCAUGACGGACCGGUACGAGGCAUCGACUUCCACAAAACGCAGCCGCUGUUCGUGUCCGGAGGGGACGACUACAAGAUCAAGGUGUGGUCAUACCAGACGCGGAGAUGUUUGUUUACGCUCAAUGGCCACUUGGACUACGUACGGACUGUCUUCUUUCACCAUGACUUGCCCUGGAUCCUGUCCGCUUCGGACGAUCAGACAAUUCGGAUAUGGAAUUGGCAGAAUAGGUCGCUAAUCUGCACCAUGACUGGCCACAACCACUACGCCAUGUGCGCACAGUUCCACCCAAAGGAGGACUUGAUUGUAUCCGCCUCACUAGAUCAAUCCGUCAGAGUUUGGGACAUAUCAGGCUUGCGCAAGAAGCACUCAGCACCUUCCUCCAUGACCUUCGAAGACCAAAUGGCUCGAACGGGGCAGAAUCAGGCAGACAUGUUUGGCAACACGGACGCAGUAGUCAAGUUCGUGCUGGAGGGUCACGAUCGCGGCGUUAACUGGGUCGCCUUUCACCCCACACUACCGCUCAUCGUCUCAGCAGGCGAUGACAGGCUGGUCAAGUUGUGGCGCAUGAGCGAGACGAAGGCGUGGGAAGUCGACACGUGCCGAGGACACUUUCAGAACGCUUCCGCCUGCCUCUUUCACCCGCACCAAGACCUGAUCCUCUCCGUUGGCGAGGACAAGACCAUCCGAGUCUGGGACUUGAAUAAGCGGACAUCAGUGCAGUCAUUCAAGCGCGAGAACGACCGCUUCUGGGUCAUUGCAGCACACCCCGAGAUCAACCUGUUUGCAGCGGGUCAUGACAACGGAGUGAUGGUGUUCAAGCUUGAGCGGGAGCGGCCAGCCAGUGCCGUGCAGCAGAACCAGCUAUUCUUCAUCACUAAGGACAAGCAUGUGCGGUCAUACGAUUUCACAAAGAACGUCGAAAGCCCCUCCCUGCUGUCCCUGAAGAAGCUGGGCAGUGCUUGGACGCCGCCGCGUACCAUGUCGUACAACCCUGCCGAACGCUCGAUACUGGUUACCACACCCGCGGACAGCGGCGCGUAUGAGCUAAUCAACCUGCCUAAGGACGCUUCUGGAGCAGUAGAGCCUUCUAACACGCAACGCGGCACAGGGAGCUCAGCAGUUUUCGUUGCCCGCAAUCGCUUCGCCGUCUUCAAUCAAGCCAACCAGCAAAUAGACAUUAAAGACCUGUCUAAUUCCACCACCAAGACCAUUAAGCCACCCACAGGCACCACGGACAUGGUGUUCGGCGGUCCUGGCUGCUUACUGCUCAUCACUCCCACUAUGGUUUAUCUCUACGACAUACAACAGAAGAAGCAGCUUGCUGAGCUCGCGGUAGCCGGCGUCAAGUACGUCGUCCACUCCGCGGACGGUCUUCAUGCCGCGCUGCUAAGCAAGCACAAUGUCACUAUCGUCACGAAAUCUCUGCAACAAGUGAGUACGCUGCAUGAAACCAUACGCAUCAAAUCCGCGACAUGGGACGAUGCAGGCGUCCUGCUGUACUCCACGCUCAACCACAUCAAAUACACGCUAAUGAACGGCGACAACGGCAUCGUCCGCACCCUCGAACACACCGUCUACCUUGUGCGCGUCAAAGGCCGCAGUGUCUUCUGCCUCGACCGCGCAGCUAAGCCUAAGAUCCUCACUAUCGAUCCCACAGAGUACCGCUUCAAGCUCGCGCUGGUCAAGCGACAUUACGACGAGAUGCUCAACAUCAUUAAGACGUCAAGUCUUGUCGGCCAGAGCAUCAUUUCAUACCUACAAAAGAAAGGCUAUCCAGAGAUCGCGUUGCAGUUCGUGCAAGAUCCGCAAACCCGCUUCGAGCUUGCCAUCGAGUGUGGCAACCUGGAUGUCGCGGUCGAGAUGGCGAAGCAGCUCGACAGACCGAAGCUGUGGCAACGACUGAGUACCGAGGCGCUGGCGCACGGCAACCACCAAGUCGUAGAGAUGACCUACCAGAAGCUACGAAACUUCGACAAACUGUCAUUCCUGUACCUUGCCACCGGCGAUACAGACAAGUUGCGGAGAAUGCAGAAGAUCGCAGAAAGCAGAGGUGACAUGACGAGCCGAUUCCAAAAUGCGCUCUAUCUUAGCGAUGUGCAGAACCGAAUCGAGAUGUUCAAGGAGGUCGAUCAAUAUCCCCUCGCAUACCUCACGGCAAAGGCUUAUGGACUUGACGAUCAAUGCCAGGAGAUUCUUGAAGCGUGCGGUAUGCAGGAGGAGGAGGUCAGUCUACCAAGUCUGGGCAAGCCUGUGCAGGCCCCGAAAGCCAUUGUGCCGACAUUCAAGAACAACUGGCCCACGCGGGCUACGGGUACUAGCUCGUUCGAGAAGGCGCUCAUGGCUGACGGAGAAGACGCGCCAGUGCCAGAAACGAAUGGGUUUGUGGGAGAUGAGCUCAUGGCAGAGGAAGAUGCGCCAACGAAUGGUCACCUUGGCGAAGAAGGCGAAGACGAGGAUGCGGCGGCAGGCUGGGACAUGGGUGACGACGCUGCCGCGGAUCCAGAAGCCGACGACUUCGUGGAUGUCGCCGCAGAGACCGCAGGCGCCCCGGCGAGCAGUGAAGCCGACUUAUGGACGCGAAAUAGCCCACUCGCAGCCGACCACGCAGCAGCCGGCAGCUUUGACAGCGCCAUGAACUUGCUCAAUCGGCAGGUCGGAGCAGUAAACUUCGUGCCACUCGAAGAGCGCUUUAUGGAUAUCUACGCUGCGAGCCGCACAUUCCUGCCUGCUAACGCAGGCAUGCCGCCUCUGGUGUACUUCGUGCGACGGACUCUGAACGAAACCGACUCCCGCAAAAUACUACCUUUCAUCCCACGUGAUCUGGAAAGUAUCCAGACCGGCGAGCUUGCUGCAGGCAAAAGGGCCAUGGUAGCCAACAAACUCGAAGAAGGCAUUCCAGCGUUCCGAAAGGCCAUCUACCUCCUCACCGUGAACGCCAUGAGCUCUCAAGCCCAAGUGCAGGAAGCGCAGCAAUCGAUCCAGCAAGCGGCGCAGUACAUCCUCGCCAUGAGUAUCGAGCUCGAGCGGCGGAAGCUCGUGGGCACAAGUCCGGAUAUUACUGCGUUGAGCGAGGAGAAGAAGAAGCGCGCGCUUGAGCUUUCGGCAUACUUUACGUGCUUUGAGCUGAUGGAGCCACAACACCGGACCUUGACGUGGUUGAGCGCGAUGAACUUCGCGAAUCGCAAUAAGCAGAUGGGUUCGGCAUUGGGGUUUGCGAACGCGCUGAUUGAGAAGGGUACGAGUGCUAGGCAUAAGGAGACGGCAAAGAGUGUAAAAGCCCGAGCCGAGCGCGGCCCCACCGACGCCAUCGAGAUCGAGUUCGACAGCUUCACGGAGUUCGACAUCUGCGGCGCCUCGUACACGCCUAUCUACGCUGGAGACGCGAGCGUGAGCUGUCCGUUGACUGGGAUCAAGUUCAAGCCGAAGUAUAAGGGAACCGUCAGUCCGAUCUGCGAGGUUUGCGAGAUUGGCAAAGCGAGCAGUGGGCUACGGUUGACGGUAUGAGGGAUAGCAUGAGUGGGUGAAAAUAUGGAGGUCGAUGGAAGCGCACUGGGAUGGAUAUUCAAUUUAGCGAGCAUUGAUUACGAGAAGCAGAGAACGGGCUCCUGACGGCGCGGAUCGAAAUCGAGAACGGAUAUAGCGGGGAGUCUGUCUGCAUGCCCAGAGCAAAAAGCAUGCCGACUUGAUUAAGCUACUCAAGAUUCAAUCGUCAGGCCGCAGAACGCGGUCAAAUUCGUCAUGGUAUCAUCGUGCGCAGAAAGUAACAACUGCUGCCCCUCGACAACGCCAAACAGAACGCUAUGCAGUGACCUGAAAAGGGGGUAUCUCCAAAACGUAGAACGAAAGAAAUGACCC